CCCAGGCGCGGAGAUAGGGGGUGCGCAUGCGCGCCGCUGCUCCAGCGCAUCCGGGCUGGAGCUCGCCCGCCCCCUCCCCCGCCCGGAGCCGCCGAAGCGCCUCGGUGGGUUGCACCGCCGGAGGCUGGGCAGCUCUCAGCGCUGCUCGGCGCUGGACCCCACCCGGCCCGCGCAGGCCAAGCACACCCGGCCCUGUGCGGCUGCCCCCCCCCCCGCAGCAUUGCACGGCCGACCCUCGCCCGCCCACUGCCACCGGCUGCUGGACUGGCUGGGACUGGCUCGGCGCAGGGCACUGCUCCUCGGUGCAUUGCUGCUCGGGCGCCGCAGCCCGCAGCCGCCUGCCUCCCCCGGCCGGCCGUGCCCCUCCCCCGUGGUACCGGCUGUCGGUCGGCGCCCACUGCCCGGCGGCAGCGGCAGAGCCAGGCAGCGCCGCGGCGGCCGAGCGCGCUCGCUCGUAGGGCCCUCUGGCCUUCCUUACCUAGGGCAGCCCGCGCCCCGGUGCGAGGGAGCGGUCCUUACCGAGACCCGCCCGGCCCGGCGGUGCAAUGAGCUUCUUCGGCUUCGGGCAGAGCGUGGAGGUGGAAAUCCUUCUGAACGAUGCGGAGAGUAGGAAGCGGGCCGAGCACAAGACGGAGGACGGGAAGAAGGAGAAAUAUUUCCUCUUCUACGACGGGGAGACUGUCUCCGGGAAGGUGAGCCUUGCCCUCAAGAACCCCAACAAGCGGCUGGAGCACCAGGGCAUCAAAAUCGAGUUCAUCGGGCAGAUCGAACUGUACUACGAUCGCGGGAACCACCAUGAAUUUGUGUCCCUGGUGAAGGACCUGGCCCGGCCUGGAGAGAUCACCCAGUCGCAGGCCUUCGACUUUGAAUUUACCCACGUGGAGAAGCCGUAUGAGUCCUACACGGGGCAGAAUGUGAAGCUACGCUAUUUCCUAAAAAAAAACAUCAGCCGCCGCCUCAAUGAUGUUGUCAAAGAGAUGGACAUUGUAGUUCACACACUCAGCACAUACCCGGAGCUGAACUCUUCCAUCAAGAUAAAAAAAAAGAUCGAGGACUGUCUGCACAUUGAAUUUGAGUACAAUAAAUCCAAAUACCACUUGAAAGAUAAAAAAAAAGGGAAGAUAUACUUCCUGCUGGUGAGAAUCAAAAUCAAGCACAAAAAAAAAGACAUCAUCAAGCGAGAAACGACGGGUACAGGCCCCAACGUGAAAAAAAAAAACGACACGAUAGCCAAGUACGAGAUCAUGGACGGGGCACCAGUGCGAGGGGAGUCCAUCCCGAUCCGGCUCUUCAAAAAAAAAUAUGAGCUCACGCCCACCAUGCGGGACAUCAACAAGAAGUUCUCUGUGCGCUAUUACCUCAACCUGGUGCUGAUAGACGAGGAGGAGCGGCGCAAAAAAAAACAGCAGGAAGUGGUGUUGUGGCGGAAGGGUGACAUCGUACGGAAGAGCAUGUCCCACCAGGCGGCCAUCGCCUCACAGCGCUUCGAGGGAAAAAAAAACCUGGGUGAUGUGCGGACCCCCAGCCAACUGUCUGACAACAACUGCAGGCAGUAGAGGCCCCCAGGGCCAAGAAGAUGCUGGGCGUCCACCCAGCACCCCCACCUACCAACACUGGCGGCUGGGGGCGGGGGCGGACCUUGUGAAAAAAAAAAGACCCGUUACUUGCAACCUGAAAACAAAUCAUGUUUUUGACU